CAUUUUUUGACCUUUCAUGGAAGUAAGCGUCACCCUUCAAGUGAUAUACGCUUAUAUCUGGAAUUCAGUUUACCCCUCUCUCCAUCUUGCAUUUUUCCGAACACUAGAUUUAAUCCCCUCUCUUUUCCCUUUUAUUCAUUCAAUUUUUCUCUCGUUCCUAUUAUUACUCCCUCUUCUUUUUCCAGCGAACACCUUUGAUUGAGUUAUGAGUACGGAAACUUUAUCUUCUUGGCAAGCACUUGGGCUUGCGGGCGCUGCAGCAGUUGCUGCACUUUCUGCGAAAUACAAUGACAGAGCCAUUUUCGAUGAACAUCGACCCAACAUCCCAUACAAGAAGGGUUAUCCUCUUCUAGGUACUCUACCCAUUAUCCUCGGCAAUCGUAUGACUGUUCACGAAUUCCUUACACAAACGUUCGAAGAUUUGGAUACCUUGACAAUGACCAUGUCAAGUCUCGGUAUUAAAAGACGCAUCAGCACCAUCGAUCCUUCCAACGUUGAACAUAUUCUCAAGAACAACUUUCAAAAUUAUGCCAAAGGUCCCCAGUUCCAGGAAGCAUUUAACGAUCUAUUCGGUCACGGUAUCUUUAAUGCCAACGGCGAACAAUGGCGCUACCAAAGAAAAGCCGCUAGUCUCAUCUUUAACGUCAUGAAUUUCCGCGACCAUUUCACCGCUGUCUUUGUGCAGGAGCUGCGAUAUAUGAUCAAGGAGAUUCUUGAUGUUGCAGCUGUCACCGGAGAACCAAUCGAUUUCCAUGACCUCAUGUUCAAGUUUACGCUGGAUUCAUUCGUAUUGUUGGGAUUUGGUGUCAAAAUUAAUGGAUUGCAGCAGGAGGACAAGGUUCCUUUUGCUGAAUCUUUCGAUGCAAUCCAAUUUAACUCCUCUUGGCGUAUGGUGUUCCCUGCCUGGAGACUAUCCGAGUCGAUCAAACCGAUCUUGACCCCAUGGCAAACCAGCAUCAAGGAUCAUGUCAAGGUUGUCGACAAUUUUGCCUACGAGGUCAUUGCCACACGAAAAAAGGAAAUGGCCGAGGGCCAAGAAUUCAAGGACCUGCUAUCACGAUUUAUGAACACUCGAGACGAGACUGGUGAAGCCCUAAAUGAGAAGAGCUUGCGUGAUGUUAUUCUCAACUUUAUUGUUGCAGGCAGAGACACUACUGCUGUGGCACUCUCUUGGACAUUCUACAAUUUGAUGUUGCAUCCUCGCAUUGAAAACAAAUUGCUUGAAGAAAUCACGUCACAUGUCACCGACGAGAUUGAGAACGAUCCUGCUGCUCUGUAUGAAACUAUAAAGGGAAUGAGUUAUGCCCAUGCUGUGCUCUACGAAGUUUUGCGUUUGCAUCCAUCUGUCCCGAGUAAUAUCAAAUACGCCUUAAAGGAUGAUGUUCUUCCAGAUGGUACACACAUUCGAGCUGGCGAUUACAUAGGCUGGAGCCCUUAUGCUCAAGGAAGAUCCAUCAAAGUCUGGGGUCCCGAUGCUAAAGAGUUCAAACCUGAACGCUGGCUCACUCCCGAAGGCGAAGUGCGUCGUGAAUCUCAAGGCAAAUGGCCUGCUUUUCACGCCGGACCGAGAAUAUGUCUCGGCCAAAAUCUUGCCACGCUUGAGAGUUUGGUAGCUAUUGUCAUGCUGCUUAAGCGCUACAAAUUCAGCCUUGUUCCUGAUCAGGAAGUCACGUAUACUCCCACUGUAACGCUGGUCAUGCACAGUGGCAUGAAAGUUUUCGUGGAGCAGCGCUAAUAAGUGCUUUUUUUUUGCUCCAUAACCACCCAUCCGUCUCCAACUCGGACCUUUCAGUUCAGCCUUUAUAUAACCAUUGUAUGCUAAUAAACUUUUUAUAUCCACCAUUUAUUAUUCACUGUAACGAAUUCUCUUGGCGUUUACAUACAUAGCUUUGUCUCUGUUUUGUGAAAACCGUAGGAAAGAAAUCUUAAAACAGAG